AACUAUUUUACUUGUCACGUUGUCACUCUUCCGUCGCUAACACGUGGCACUGCGCGUUCUGCCUUCCUCUCUCCUCGCUGCGCCUCCUCCUCCUUCCUUCUUAUAGUUUAUAUUUGCUUUCUUCUAAUUGAAACUGCUCAUUGCCCGUGGCCUUGCCUCUUGGCGUGGUUGUCCUGUUCUGUUGUAUUUUGUCGUCUACUACGCGCAGUUUUCUGGAAAAAAAAAAAAAAAAUAAAAGUCUUGGAAAUCGCCUGCUUCUUAUCCCCUUUCUCUUUUCUGAAUGAUGACAUUUCUAAUGUUGUGUGUGUGGUUAUAGAAACAAGGAAAUGAGGCGAUUGGAGGACGGCGUGGUUCAGACUGGGAGUGAAAUGGUGGGGAAGGAGACCUUGAGGACCGAGGGCUUGAACUCGUGCUUUGAGAAGCUCGUGAUGAUUGCUGGCGGCGGACAAGGUGGUAACGGAGUGAAAAUGGAGGGCGGGCCGAAUUCAGAAUGGAAAGAUAUUCCGGUGGAACUUUUGAUGCAAAUAUUGGGCCCCGUGGAUGAUCGGACUGUGAUCGCCGCUUCUGGUGUCUGUCGAGGGUGGAGAGAAGCUAUUUGCUUUGGCCUCACCCGUUUAUCACUCUCAUGGUGCAGCAAGAAUAUGAAUAAUUUGGUCCUAUUUCUUGCCCCUAAAUUCUCAAAAUUGCAAACUUUAAUCCUUCGUCAAGCGAAGCCCCAGCUGGAGGACACCGCUGUUGACGCCAUUGCAAACUCCUGUCAUGAUCUGCAGAUCCUGGACCUGAGCAAAAGUUUCAAGCUGACCGAUCGUUCACUGUAUGCCUUAGCCCACGGUUGUCCUGAUCUCACAAAACUGAAUGUCAGUGGGUGCUCAGCAUUCAGCGACACUGCUCUGGCUUACCUGGCCAGCUGCUGCAAAAAAUUGAGGGUCUUAAAUCUCUGUGGAUGCGUGAAAGCUGCAUCCGACGCUGCACUGCAGGCGAUCGGACGGUACUGCAAUGAGUUGCAGUCUUUGAACCUAGGAUGGUGCGAAAAUGUGGGUGAUGAUGGGGUGAUGAGUCUAGCCCAAGGGUGCCCUGAUCUUAGAACACUGGACUUGUGCGGUUGCAUCUGUAUAACAGAUGAUAGCGUGAUAGCAUUGGCAAACGGAUGCCCUCAUCUGUGGUCUUUGGGGCUGUACUACUGCCAAAACAUCACGGACAGGUCAAUGUAUUGCUUGGCUCACAGCAAAGUGAGGCACAGGACAUGGGGAUCAGUGAAAGGGGGCAAUCAGGAGGAUGGGCUAAGGACUCUGAACAUAAGCCAAUGCACGGCACUCACGCCCUCGGCGGUUCAGGCAGUGUGUGACUCAUUCCCAGCUCUGCACACAUGCUCCGGCAGGCAUUCCCUCAUCAUGAGUGGCUGUCUCAGCUUGACGUCAGUGCACUGUGCCUGUGCCGGCGAGGCACAUCGUGCCAUCAAUGCUUUUCCUCAUCCGGCACGUUGAGCCCCUUCAUUCCAUCUGCACGAAGUGCCUUUCAGGGGAAUAUCGGUCUGAAAGCAUUUUGAUGCAUCUGGAUUUCUCUGCGGUGGUUCCCUGAUGUUAUGGGACUGUGGGAGUGAAAGCGAUACGAAGAAUGGAAAUAUAAAGAAGAUUUGGUAGCCAAUAAACAAGUGAGAGAGAAGCCACACGAGUGAGAUCGAUGCUCCAAUUUAUGAGAACAAGCCCGCCCAGGCAUUGGAGUCGCGAGUGAAUAGGGACAGCUUCAAGAUUAUGUGUAUUUAAUUUUUAAUUUAUUAAAAGUUAAUUUAAUAAA